AACAUGGCCGUGGAUCAUGUGAAGUGCAACAGAUGUACAUCUUCCUACAUUAAAUCUAACCUUUUUUUGGUUUAGACUGUAUAAAAUGGCCACUACAUACUAAAUCAUCUGUCACCAACAUUUCCAACAAACUUUGCAGUCUAUUUCUUCCUCCUUGUUUCUACCACUUCUUAUAUCCUUUUGGCUCUUGCUUUUAUCAAACAAAGAUGAAAAGAUUCCCACUUGUGGCUCACAUUUCUCUACUUUUCGGGAUUUUUUUCAUCAUACUAAUGAUUGGUAGAAGUCUUGAUGCUGCUCGCUGGGAUCACAUGAGCUUUAAUGCAGAAGAUACUCACAGAACAGUUAACAAUUCAAGGAACCAGCAGGAAAAAACUAAAGAAGUACUUGGUAUGGAGUUGUACCCUACAGGAUCCAGCCUCCCAGACUGUUCCCAUGCAUGCGGACCAUGUUUUCCGUGCAAAAGGGUGAUGGUGAGCUUCAAAUGCUCUGUUGCAGAGUCUUGUCCAACCGUCUACAGAUGCAUGUGUAAAGGAAAAUAUUAUCACGUACCCUCCAAUUGAGCAUAAAUUCAAUUUGGAGGAAUAUGCAGCAAAAAACGAAGCAAUUAAUGAUUUAGUUAGCACUUAGCACUGAGGUGACUUUGGAUAUAAAGAAGACUGAGACUACAGUCUCCGUUGAUUUCAUUAGGGUUAUUUCCUUGUAUUGGGAUCAUUCUGUCUAAGAAAGCAACCGAGACAACAAAUUUUCAAGCCCAGGAAGUUCAAUUAGGAAGUGAGAUGUUGCGGUAGUUUAAUUGUAUGCGAUAACAUUUCCAUUGUUGUAUUCUACUUGUAAUGGAAUCUGGUUUAUCAUGUUCCCCACCUUCAA